AUGGGAACCGUUGCGGAAACCACAGGCGACCUUCCCAAUAUCGACACCGAGUAUGGAUAUGUCGUACGGUGUCGAAGACGUCGAAACCCUCGACCGCAUACUGAGAGAGUGGAUCGAAGUCCAGAUGAUCCGAGGGUCGAAGAAGGGUCGCCGUGUUUCGAAGUCUUGCGUGACUUGAGGAAAUCGGAAAGUCACAUAAUGUUUGUGACUGAAGAGGGUGAUGUGGGUAUAAUCUACCAUCCCGAUUGCGCCAACGGCAUCCGACCAGGUGAUAUUGUUGUUGGUCUGUUCGGCAUCAACUACCCCUUCAUCCUUCGUCUAGUUCCUAGAGCAGCCAAGGAAAAGCUAAUGUACACUAUGAUCAACGUCGCCCACGUGGCUGAUCACUUGUGGGGUUACGAUUUCGUUCAAGAAGCCGUCGAGAAAGUCGAGAAAGGUGAAGAGCCGCCGCGGUGGUCGGAUUUCGAGAGGUUUGGGUCGAAGGGAUGUACGAUCAUGGGAAAGAACUUCAAUACUACGGUGCAGCGACGAGACGGGAUGGUUAUGUCUAAUGCUCGAACGUCCAUGAAGCUACUGAUCGCGUACGGUCGAUUACCAGAACACAUCCUACUCGUAUGACUGGAACAAGAUCAUGCGCGUUCAGAUACACUUGCGAAGUGUAGAUUUCGAAGUCUUGUUCAUGGUAGUCUUGGAUGCUGUGCGAGCGCAAUCCGCGACUCAGGCAAUGAAGAUGACCACAACGCAGCUAACUAGUCCGUCAACUGCUGCGACACGAACAAAGAUGGGAGG